AUGACUCAAAUGCCCACGUCACUAGCGUCGCGACCAAACUCGGCGGCAGCCGAAGUGAAGGUGAAGCAGGUAGCUUUGGAGGAUUCGGUCCAAUGUUUGGAUAUACUUCUUGAGCAAUACUUGCAACUGCUUGAUCGGCAGCAGAAACUACAUUCCAGCUUGGCAGAACAGCUGUCGUCGGGAUUUUUCGCCCUCGCCCAAGCCAAUUUCUCCAGUCCUCCUGGUCGUCGCUAUGGUCCUGAUUAUUACGAUAGUCGCAUGAAAGCAACGAGAAAGAUAUCAAUCCAAUUCGAACAAAACGCGGAGAACUCUACGAAUGAUUCGCAAGAUAAGGAAAAGAAAGAGGAUACCGCUGCGCUAUCUGGUCCUGCAUAUACAUUCUCCGUCAAAUCCACACCCACCUAUCCGUCAGAGCAAGCCGAUGGGAGCAAUGAAACCAAAGCCUCUUCUCCGGUCCUAGGUGGACAUAUUAGGGCCUCCGAGGAAACUAGCCCAGCCGAGACGGCUAACCCAGAACCCUCUGACAUUGCGGAAACCGAAACCCCCCCUAUCGAAAAACCAAAGCCUGGCUCUAAAAAGUUUCGUUCUGCCGAUCCAAUUCAUUGGUAUGGAAUACUUGUCCCUCAGUCACUACGCAGAGCCCAAGACUGUUUCGCAAAUGCGAUAGACAAUCAGGUACCUGAUCUGGCUAGUACAACAGUCGAAAUGCGAGCCCUGGAACAGCAGAUAAUCCAAUUACGGGCUCAGCUUAAAACUGAAUCCUCUGGCGCAACUACGUUGUAA